AUGUCCCAAAUUCAAACAAUUCAAACUGAAUCCAACUCUCCCUCCCGCUCUCUGCAUUCUGCAAUGGCGACCUCCAAUGGCUUCCUAACAACGCCAACCAAAACCACACUAAACGAUAAAAAUUCUUCUUCAUCUGUUUCAAGGAAGCACCACCGUUCUCACCAGAAAACCACCGAAUCGUCGUCUUCCUUCAAGGCACGAUUCGAAGCCUACAAUCGCCUUCAAGCUGCCGCAGUUGCAUUUGGAGAAAAGCUUCCAAUUCCUGAGAUUGUAGCCAUUGGAGGUCAGUCUGAUGGAAAGAGCUCGCUUCUCGAAGCACUUCUGGGAUUCCGAUUUAACGUUCGCGAGGUCGAAAUGGGUACCCGUAGACCUCUCAUACUUCAGAUGGUUCAUGAUCCUACUGCUCUCGAUCCUAGGUGUCGAUUUCAGGAAGAGGAUUCUGAGGAAUAUGGCACUCCUCUCAUGUCAGCAUCUGCAGUUGCAGACACCAUCAAAUCAAGAACAGAUACACUCUUGAAGAAGACUAAAACUGCAGUCUCUCCUAAGCCAAUUGUGAUGCGAGCUGAAUAUGCCCAUUGCCCUAAUCUCACAAUUAUCGACACUCCUGGAUUUGUUCUCAAGGCCAAAAAAGGUGAACCAGAGAGCACACCAGAAGAAAUCCUAUCAAUGGUCAAGUCAUUAGCUACCCCACCACACAGAAUCCUUGUAUUCCUUCAACAAAGUAGUGUGGAAUGGUGCUCAUCUUUAUGGCUUGAUGCCAUUCGUGAAAUUGAUCCAACUUUUCGAAGAACUGUAAUUGUUGUCUCCAAAUUUGAUAAUCGCCUCAGGGAAUUCACUGAAAGAUGGGAAGUGGAUAGCUACUUAAGUGCAAGUGGCUACCUUGGAGAAAAUACACGCCCCUUUUUUGUAGCUCUACCAAAAGACAAAUCAACAGUUUCAAAUGAAGAAUUUCGCCACCAAAUAUCCCAAGUGGAUCUUGAUGUAUUACACCAUUUACAAAACUCUGUGAAAGGUGGAUUUGAUGAAGAAAAAUAUAAAUCCCAAAUUGGGUUUUCAUGUCUUAAAGAUUACCUUGAAUCUGAGCUUCAAAAGAGAUAUAAAGAAGCUGCUCCAGCAACUUUGGCAUUGCUUCAACAACGUUGCAGUGAAGUCACUACUGAAUUAAACUCCAUGGAUUCCAAAAUUCAAGCUACUUCAGAUGUUGCUCACCUUCGUAGAUCAUCAAUGUUGUUUGCAUCUUCUAUCUGCAACCAUUUGGGAUCACUAAUAGAUGGAGCAGCGGAUCCUGACCCAGAGCAAUGGGGAAAAACAACAGAAGAGGAAAGAUCAGAAAGUGGAAUUGGAAGUUGGCCUGGUGUUUCAACUUCUUUAAAGCCACCUAAUGCUACCCUUCGCCUUUAUGGUGGUGCUGCUUUUGAAAGAGUUAUGCAUGAGUUUCGUUGUGCUACAUAUUCAAUCGAAUGCCCUCCUGUUUCAAGAGAGAAGGUGGCGAAUAUAAUACUUGCUCAUGCGGGUAGAGGCGGCGGGAGAGGGAUUGUGGAGGCGGCUGCUGAGAUUGCCCGGGCAGCUGCCCGAUCUUGGCUUGCCCCAAUGCUUGAUACUUCUUGUGAACGACUUGCUUUUGUGUUGAGAAACCUCUUUGAUCUUGCCAUUGAGAGAAAUCACCUCUCCCAUGCUAAUUAUGCAAAAAAGAUUGUGGAUAUGGAGGGAUACGUAGGAUUUCACGCCGCUUUAAGACACUCGUACAAUUCUUUCAUACACAAUCUUUCAAAAGAAUGCAAACAACUUGUUCGCCAUCACCUCGAUUCAGUCACAAGCUCAUAUUCUCAAAUAUGUUAUGAAACCGAUUCCAUUACUCCAUACAGAUAUCAACAUUCAACAUUAUUUCUUGAAUUAUCAGAACAUAAAACGAAAACAUCUAGAAAAGAAAACAUACCCAAUAAGGACAUGACACCUGGCAAACUUGUGGACCCACGUGAAGCUUACAUGACUAUCCCUGAAACCCCUUCGCCUGACCAACCAUCUGAUGAUAAUUUUGUCAUUAAAAAAGAAAAUGACAUUUAUAAAAGGCCUUCAAGGAUUCAUGGUAACAAUAAUAAUUUGAGAUCGGGUUGUUCGUAUUCUGAGAUUUGUUUAUCCGCUUCACAACAUUUUGCACGAAUUCGUGAAGUUUUGAUUGAGCGAAGUGUGACAUCAGCGUUGAAUUCUGGUUUUUUAACCCCAUGUCGCGAAAGGCUAAUGGUGGCACUUGGAUUGGAUUUAUUCGCUGUAAAUGAUGAAAAAUUUAUGGAUAUGUUUGUAGCCCCGGGAGCAAUUGAUGUACUACAAAAUGAACGCGAGUCUCUUCAAAAACGUCAAAAGAUAUUGCACACUUGUUUGUCUGAAUUCAAAUCUAUUGCUAGAUCACUCUAAAAUGGUUG